AUGUUGAAUACUUUAGCUAUAGUCUCUUCCAAUAUUAGCAAUUUCACAAAUGAAUCUUUACACAAGCCACUUUCUUCUGUUAAAAACCCUAACUUCCUAAAUUCCCUUCAACAUUCCUCAUUAACACUUUUCAUGCCCUGUGUUACAAGUUCUUCUCCAAAACCCAUUUACCUUGAAGCAAAACAACAAGAUUUGGACAACCAUAUUGUUCUAAUCGAUGAUGAGAUACCUCCACCAAAACCUCCUGAUUCUAUUCCAAAUAUGAACAAAAUACACUCACCCGAAGUUUCUACAAAAGAGAAGAUUCAUUCUCCUUUUGAUUUUGAUUUUGCGAUUCCUCCAAAACCACCAUAUUUCAAUUUUGACUAUGCCAGUUGUGUCAUGCCUCCACCACCUCCUACCAAGGUAUAUAAAUUGAUGAUGCAACAAAGAUGGUACCAAUUUGAUUUUGCUCUUUCUACCAGGCUAGCUGAUUACAUGGGUAAAGAGUGA